UCCACCCCGGCUGCUCCCCGUGCGCCGGGGCCGGCCCUGCCGCUCCCCCCGCUCCGGGAUUUGCUCCCUAAUUGACCUAAAUAAGCAGCUCGUGAGUGGCAGCCCCGGGGCGGCGCACUCACACGCACACGCGGGCACACAUACACACACACGCACACCCAAACGCACCCGCACGGACAGAGCCCGGCCCCGGCCCCGCCGAGCUCCGCGCCAGCCAUCGCGCUGCGAGCCCCCGCAGCAUUUGCCUCCGCGCUCCUCCAAUAGCAGGAUUCCCCCCCUCGCCGUGCACGGCGUUUAACUCGCAUGACAUUUUUAUUUCGUUAUUAUCGUUUUCGCGCAGAAUCUGGCGCCUCCGAUGGGUUGUCGGCUUGCUUUUUCCUUUUUUUUUUUUUUUUUUUUUUUUCUCCUUCCCCGUUCCCUUCCCCUCCUCCCCCUCCCCCCUCCCCUCCUAGCUCGCAGGAAAUGAUGGCAAACCGCGAUCUGAAAUGAUUACUCCGGAAAAAAAACCUUUUAUACCAGGAGAGCAUCCACGGGGCUAAGCAGAGGCAGGAGGAGGCGGCGGGGCAGAGGGGAGUCGAAGAGACAGCCUCCCGCGGAGCCGGGAACACCUCCCCCCCCCCCCCCCCGUCCCCUUCCCCGUCCCUCCCUCAGCUCCUCUCCGACGAUGCCGGACGAAGCGACGGAAAACUCCGGCUCCACCUCCGCCCGCGUCUCGUCCUUCUUCAUCGAGGACCUGCUGGGCACCGAGGGCGCUGCGGGCGGCGGGGCGAGGAGAGCGGCUGCGGGCGGAGGCGGCCGCGGGGCUUCGCGCUCCCCGCUGCGCCUCGGAGCCUCGGGCUGCCCGCUCCGCGACGCCGCCGUCGGCUGGUACCGCCGGGCGCACGCCGCCUUCCUGGGCUGCGCCAGCCCCGACACCAGCGACCGGGACUCGCCCGAGCUGCCCGAGGAGACGGUGGAGCGGGCGGGCGGCGGCGGCGGGCGGGCGGCGGCGGUGCGGGGCCCCUCGGGAGGGCGACCGGGGCCCGGAGGCCGUGAGGAAGAGGAAGAGAGAGGCGAGGAGCCGGGCGAGCCUGAGCAGCGAGCGGCCGGCCGCAAGAAGAAGACGCGCACGGUGUUCAGCCGCAGCCAGGUCUUCCAGCUGGAGUCCACCUUCGACGUGAAGCGCUACCUGAGCAGCUCGGAGAGGGCCGGGCUGGCGGCCUCGCUGCACCUCACCGAGACCCAGGUGAAGAUCUGGUUCCAGAACCGGCGCAACAAGUGGAAGAGGCAGCUGGCCGCCGACCUGGAGGCGGCCAACCUCUCCCACGCCGCCCAAAGGAUAGUGCGGGUCCCCAUUUUGUACCACGAGAACUCGCCGGCCAGCGCCUUGGGCUUUACCCUGCCCCACAUGUCGCCCCCCUUGGUGGGCUUCUCCAGCGGCGUCAGCUACCCCCUGGGCACCUUCCCCGCCGCCUCCCUCCCCUUCCUACGGUCGCAGAUGACAGGACUCGUUUGAGCGCCCACCUGUGCCAGGACCGAGGCCCCCUCGCCCCCACCCCCGGCUUCCAGCUUCCCCCCUUCCCCCCCUCCCCCCGUAUCAUCCCCACACUUUUUUCUUUCCACUUCCACGUUUCUCUAUUUACCGCUUUGGGACAUUUUUUUUAAACGUGCAAUAAACUCACCGCUGGGGUUAACUCGGAACGACGAGCGGCCGCCGGACACAACCGAGGGGACCCCGGGGACCCCCGGCCAUGAGCCGGGAGCCACUCGCUCCACAAGCAUCCAAAGAAAACGCGGCCUCGGCCCCGGGGGGACACAGACCGGCGUUUUCUGGGGGGCACCCGCCCCUUUAUUCCCCCCCCCCCCCCCCCCCCGAGCGUCAGACGAAUGUACGGAACCACCGUGGCCGGGGGCUCUUCCCGGCACCACUGCCCCCACCCCAAAAGACGGCGAAGCCGCGGCCACGGGACCCUCAGCAGCUUCUCCAGGGCCCUUUGUUUUAGCCACUUAAUUCCUACAGAUUCCCCCCCCCACCCCCUCCAUUUUUACUCUAAUUUUCAUACGAUCAAUACCCAAGCAUGUGCUGAUGCCCCCCCGGUCCUUCUCGGUGCAGGCUUUUUGAUUUCCAACAACUUGAAGGCAAAUUGCUCGAGUGAAUUCGCCCCGCUGAAGUCAGAGCUGUGAGGAUUUGGUUUCUUUGUUUCCCUUCUAUUUCCCAGAUAAACUAUCCGCUAAAGAUACGCGGUGGAAAAAAUAAUAAUAUUAAUUGAACAUUACUGUGUUUUAUUAGGUGGAUUUGCCUCUUGUUUGGGUCUCCUGAGGAGGUUGAGGAAAACGCACCUCAGCUUUUUCCAUCUCUUACGGGGUCGGUUUGUAAUCGAUUAACAGUUCGCACUGGCAGUUUAAAAAAGAAAGAAAGAAA